AUUUUGCGACCGCCUCAACCUCUUCAAUCGUCGGAUUGGGGUUCCAUUCCUGCUGGGAAACCGUUUUCGUGCUUGAUCUCUUCAUCGGAAUUCUAUGUCUCUCAAUUUUGCAUCGUUUUUUGUUUCUGGGUCUUCAGGUGUCAUUUUCUUAAAUGCUGCAUUAUUCUGGAGAUAAGAAGGAAGAAAUGAAGAUGAAGAACAAAUACAGGAAAUCAACUACUUUACGUUGCGAUGCAGGGAGCAUACGUUUGAUAUCUGUGGUAAUAGGGAGUCUAAUGGGGUGUAUUCUUCUGCUACAAUUAUAUUCUCCUAUAAGCCGCAAGGAUACGUUUAUAGGUCAGGAUAUCCAACUUCGGACAAGUCAUCGCCUGUACUUUCGUGAACUUGAAGAGGUGGAAGAGGAGAAGAUUCAAAUUCCCCCACCAAGGGGUAAGAGAUCACCACGUGCAGCAAAGCGAAGACCGAAGAGAACAACCACACUGAUUGAUGAAUUUCUUGAUGAAGAUUCACCACUUAGGCACAAAUUCUUUCCUGAUCGUAAAACUUCUGUUGAUCCAACGAUUACAGGAAACGAUAGUAUGUUCUAUUAUCCAGGGAGAGUUUGGCUGGAUACUGAAGGGAAUCCCAUCCAAGCUCAUGGAGGUGGCGUUUUAUACGAUGAAAUAUCUGAAACAUACUAUUGGUAUGGAGAGUAUAAAGAUGGCCCCACCUACCAUGCUCAUAAAAAGGGAGCUGCACGGGUCGACAUUAUAGGAGUUGGUUGCUACUCCUCCAAAGACUUGUGGACCUGGAAAAACGAAGGCAUUGUUUUGACAGCGGAAGAAACAAAUGAGACCCAUGAUCUUCACAAAUCCAACGUACUCGAGAGGCCGAAAGUAAUCUAUAACUCAAAGACUGGAAAAUACGUAAUGUGGAUGCAUGUCGAUGAUGCGAACUAUACGAAAGCUUCUGUGGGUAUCGCCAUCAGUGACUACCCGACCGGCCCAUUCGAUUAUCUUUACAGCAAAAGACCCCAUGGGUUUGACAGUAGAGAUAUGACAAUCUUCAAAGAUGAUGAUGGUACAGCCUAUCUCGUUUACUCAUCUGUAGACAAUAGUGAACUUCAUAUAGGACCUCUCACCGAAGAUUAUCUCGAUGUGACCAACGUUGCGAGAAGGAUUCUCAUCGGCCAGCAUCGGGAAGCGCCAGCUUUGUUCAAACACCAGGGAACUUACUACAUGAUCACAUCAGGGUGCACGGGAUGGGCACCGAAUGAGGCAUUGACCCACGCAGCAGAGUCAAUCAUGGGUCCAUGGGAGACGAUGGAAAACCCGUGUAUAGGAGGAAACAAGAUGUUUCGACUAGCUACAUUCUUUGCUCAGAGCACAUUUGUUCUUCCCCUACCUUCAUAUCCCAGCUUGUUUAUUUUCAUGGCAGACCGAUGGAAUCCCGCCAACCUUAGAGACUCGAGGUACAUUUGGUUGCCAUUGAUGGUCGGAGGACUUGUCGAUGAACCACUCGACUACAAUUUUGGGUUCCCUUUGUGGUCAAGAGUGUCUAUAUAUUGGCAUAGAAAGUGGAAGCUUCCUAAGGGCUGGAAUCCGUUGAAAUGACACGAAUUGUUCUUUCGAUCGACCCCGCUCAAUGUACCAUACAAAGAAAGGUCGUUGUUUGAUUCUUUCAGUGUCCCCAUAGUUUUCCUUACCAAGUCAAUAAUGUUUAACUUAGUUCAUAUUAUAGGCACAGAAUUUUCAACCCAUGAGUGAACUUAUUAUACCUUUUGAUUAAUAAUCAUUAUAUUAGGUUUUAAAUUUCAA